CCAUCACAAAGUAUAAUUGAUUUAUUCUCCGGUCCAGUUGGUGGCGGUAAUGCAACAUUAUACUGGAUGCCACCCGCCGUUAAACCAAAGAAGGAGUAAGGCGAGUCAGAACAACAACAGCUGCCAGUUCAAUGUCAAGCGUCAAGCCUUCCAUGUCUGAACCCAAGUCCCUGGGUUCUUACUGUGGUGUUCCAGCACAGAGAAGCUCACAGUGGGGUCCAGAGAUGGUCUUAGUGAAGCUGGAGGACUGUAGUCAUCCACUGGAACUCAAUGUGAUAGUCAAAGAGGAGGAGGAGGAGGAGAGAGGGAUUAAAGAGGAGGAGGAGAGAGCAUUCAAAGAGGAGGUGGAGGAGAGAGCAUUCAAAGAGGAGGAGGAGGAGAGAGCAUUCAAAGAGGAGGUGGAGGAGAGAGCAUUCAAAGAGGAGGAGGGGGAGGAGGAGGAGAUGGCAGAGGAGAGAGCAUUCAAAGAGGAGGAGGGGGAGGAGGAGGAGAUGGCAGAGGAGAGAGCAUUCAAAGAGGAGGAGGGGGAGGAGGAGGAGAUGGCAGAGGAGAGAUCAUUCAAAGAGGAGGAGGGGGAGAGAGCAUUCACAGAAGUGGAGAACAGGGAAGAGGAGGAAGAAGUAGAUGGGAACACUGAUCCAGGAGAGAGCUCCAACCCAGGUUCAGACAGUGAGCCCAGUUCCACAGCAUCAGGAAACCAUAAACAACACAGACGGAGGAACUCAAGACAGAAACAUCACCACUGCAUGGACUGCUUCACUAGUUUCUAUGAUCCAGAGGAGUUGAGAAGGCACACUUGUAGACCCCACCCCUGCUCAGAUUGCAGAGACAGCUUUAUUUGUCCAACUCACCUCAAAUCAAAACAGUCUCAAAAAAGGAGGAGGGUGUACUCAUGUGGUCAAUGUGGGAAGAGAUUUCAAACACCAAGCAAACUCAAGACGCACCAGAGAACUCACACAGGAGAGAAGCCAUACGACUGCUCUGUUUGUGGGAAGUGUUUCAGUCAGUCGAACCAACUAAAGACACACCAGAGAACUCACACAGGACAGAAGCCUUACCACUGCUCUCAGUGUGGAAAGAGUUUCAGCUGGUUACACAGCCUGAAGACACACCAGAUAACUCACACAGGGGAGAAGCCUUACCACUGCUCGCAGUGUGGAAAGCGUUUCAGUCUGGUAGGAAACCUAAAGAGACACCACCUAACCCACACAGUAGAGAAGCCUUACCGCUGUUCUCAUUGUGGGAAGAGUUUCAGUCAGUUACACCAUCUAAAGACACACCAGUUAAUUCACACAGGAGAGAAGCCAUAUCACUGCUCUCAAUGUGGGAAGAGUUUCAGUCAUCCAAAAGACUUAAAGUCGCACCAGAGAACUCACACAGGAGAGAAGCCAUUCCACUGCUCCCACUGUGGAAAGAGUUUCAGUCAGUUAUCAACUCUGAAAAAACACCAGCUAACUCACACAGGAGAGAAGCCUUACCUCUGCUCUCAAUGUGGGAAGCGUUUCACCAGGUUAUAUCAACUGAAGGCACACCAGAUAACGCACACAGAAGAGAAACCUUACCACUGCUUGCAAUGUGGUGAUAGUUUCACCAGUGCAUAUUUCCUAAAGAAACACCAGCUAAUUCACACGGGAGAAAAGCCAUUCCACUGCUCCCAGUGUGGGAAGAAUUUCAGUCAUUCAUCAACAUUGAAGACACAUCAGAUAAGUCACACAGGAGAGAAGACUCACCACUGCUCUCAGUGUGGGAAGAGUUUUGGUCAUUCAUCAACUCUCAAGACACAUCAGAUAACUCACUCAGGAGAGAAGCCUCACCUCUGCUCUCAGUGUGGGAAGAGUUUCAGCCAGUCAUCAACUUUGAAGAAACAUCAGAGAACUCACACAGGAGGAAAGCUGUGUCAUCAGAGCUGAAGACACUAGCUUAUUCACAUAGGGGAGAAGCCUAAACUCUGUUGUCAAUAUGGGGAUAGUUUCACCAGUUUAUAUUAAUAAAAUAUAACACCAACUAAUUAUGACUAACAAUAACUUACCUGGUUACUUAAAGGGGGUUAAAACUUGCAAAGGUGUGUGGAACAUGCUGCCUGUGUGGAAAGCUUCGGUCAGUCAUCAGAUUUGACGACACAGCAUUUAACUCGCACAGUAGAGAAGCCUUACUGUGUUCGGGAGUUGUUUGAAUAUUGUUUAUUGAAAUGAAGCUGCUAUGUUCACAAUAAGCCAUUAUCAUCAUAUCACUUUUUCAGGAAUCAGGAAUCACCAAAAAGUCAGCACUGCAGAGAAAAGGCAGUUUUACAGAAACUGUAUGUAUUUGGUUGGUGCUUAAAACAGACAUGGCUGGUCAAUGUCAGUAUGUCCACUAUACAGCUGUCUUUUUGGGAAUGCAAUACUUUCUAUACCAGCAGCCACAACGGACAAUUCAGUGAAGUUGUAUUUGCAUUUGUGGAAUCCAUAGCUAAUAUCUGUCCAUAGAGAAUCCUCAGUAAUCAGACAUCAUAUAUUCUAGUUGGAUUUCUAUAAUCACAUUUUUUUUUAAUUGAAAAAAAUUAUAUAAUUUAGUAACAAAAAAUGUAUGCAACAAAAACUUCUAAUUAGAGGAAUAUAACCAAAAAUUAAUAAACAUAUUGUAUUUCAAUUACUAUGCUCAGUCUCCUGUCUCUCUUUAUUAUGGAGGGUUGAAGAGUCAUUAUAUCUGGUGCUUUACAGGGAGGCUAUACUGUAAAGCAGUGGUGGUCGGUGCCGUUUAUGAUGAGGAUUAUAAUUCGUUUUUUUUUAAAUGAGCCUUAUUUCUAUUACAGGAUUAUUUAUUUAUGGCUUUUACAUGGUAUUGUCAUUCAUAUUCAAUUCACCUAGUUUAAUGUAACAUCGAUAGGUUUAGGCUACUACAUGAUACUCAUUUUCCCUCUACCCAUCAUGAGGUUGCUACAACCUGGCCUAUGAAUUAAAGUUUGAACACACCUACUCUUGGCAGUCACUCAACCAGCUUCAGGAUGAAUGCUUUUCCAACAGUCUUGACGGAGUUCCCACAUAUGCUGAGCACUUGUUGGCUGCUUUUCCUUCACUCUGCAGUCCAACUCAUCCCAAACCAUCUCAAUUGGGUUGAGGUUGGGUGAUUGUGGAGUCCACAGUCUUGGGGAUCCCCUGUUAUUGGUAAUGGUGAGAUGUUAACAGGGGAUCCCCAAGACAUGCUAUUGGUAAUGGUGAGAUGUUAGCAUGUCUUGGGGAUCCCCUGUUAUUGGUAAUGUUGAGAUGUUAACAGGGGAUCCCCAAGACAUGCUAUUGGUAAUGGUGAGAUGUUAGCAUGUCUUGGGGAUCCCCUGUUAUUGGUAAUGUUGAGAUGUUAACAGGGGAUCCCCAAGACAUGCUAUUGGUAAUGGUGAGAUGUUAGCAUGUCUUGGGGAUCCCCUGUUAUUGUAAUGGUGAGAUGUUAGCAUGUCUUGGGGAUCCCCUGUUAUUGUAAUGGUGAGAUGUUAGCAUGUCUUGGGGAUCCUCUGUUAUUGGUAAAGGUGAGAUAUUAGUAUGUCUUGGGGAUCCUCUGUUAUGGUAACAUCUCACCAUUACCAAUGUCUUGGUGAUCCCCUGUUAUUGUAAUGGUGAGAUGUUAGUAUGUCUUGGGGAUCCUCUGUUAUUGUAAUGGUGAGAUGUUAGUAUGUCUUGGGGAUCCCCUGUUAUUGUGAUGGUGAGAUGUUAGUAUGUCUUGGGGAUCCUCUGUUAUUGUGAUGGUGAGAUGUUAGUAUGUCUUGGGGAUCCCCUGAUAUUGGUAAUGAUGAGAUGUUACCAGGUCUUGGGGAUCCCCUGUUAUUGAUAAUAGUGAGAGGUUAGAAUAUCUUGAGGAUCCCCUGUUAUUGUAAUGGUGAAAGGUUAGCAUGUCCCCUGUUAUUGGUAAUGGUGAGGGUGUGAUCUUUGUACCAUUUUAUAUUUUUCUUGUCUCAAAUGAAAAUAUCACAUUUUGCCAUCUCCAUCUUGGGUUACAAACACUACACUGGUCUGUUCAGUGGCAGGGUAAGGCUUCGUCUUGGGGAUCCCCUGUUAUUGGUACUGGUGAGGAGUUAGCAUGUUUUGGGGAUCCCCUGUUAUUGUAAUGGAGAAAGGUUAGCAUGUCCCCUGUUAUUGGUACUGGUGAGGAGUUAGCAUGUUUUGGGGUAUAAUAUUUGUGCCUCUAAUUUUCACACUCACCAUUAUUAUUCAUUGGUUCAGGAUGAUCUGUAAUCAUGGUAGCAUCCACAUGAAUGUAGAAGUGUUCAGAAACCUAUUCUAUUAUUUACAGUAUGUGACUCAAAUGAAACAACACAUUAUGUACCCUUUAUUUACAUUGGGCACGCCCAAUUUUUCAGUUUUUGAUUUGUUAAAAAAGUUUGAAAUAUCCAAUAAAUGUCGUUCCACUUCA